AUGUCUCAAACACAAUCCUUAGGGACUUUCAGCGAAGAUGUCUCUCCAAAGCUUCAUCCUGAUAAACUUAGCGGUAAAGAAUGUAUUUGUUGCACCAUCCGUACGGCUGCCAAAGGAUUCCCCAAAAUUUACGUCGGAAAAUAUCGAACACUAAUACUAUGCAAGAAAUCUCAUGCUCUGGACAACACUGAGAAUAAAAGAUUGGCUGAAAUGAUUGACAAAAUCAAUGAUGAGGUCAUUUCAACCAAUGAUUCAAAGCAGUCAAUUCUUGAUGGAGAAUCUGAUGAAGAGAAUGCUAUUGAAGACGUUAUGUGUAGUGGUUGUAAAAAUGUUGACUCUUCUUCAAUGUGUGGCGCUGUUUGUAAGGGAACCCUUUACAUUAAGGAAAAAAAAGGUCAAACCGAGUCUAAUAUUUUUUUCUGUAAAGGUUCUCACUUAAUCAAAUACUUGGUUCGCCAUUAUUGCUCCCAUAAAUCAGGUAAAAAGAAAAAAACUAACCCCAAUUCAUCCGUAACUAACAGAUCAUCCAAAAAACGAACCAAAGAUCAAAUUGUUGAUGAAAGUGAAACGGAUGAUGAAUGUGAGCAUGAUGUAAUUGAAACUCAUACCACUCCAAGUAAUUUCACUCAGUAUGUCAUUGAUUGCAAUGUAAUUCAUAAAAUUACUGGAAUAUGUGAAAAAGGUUUUCAUGAAUUAAUCCAAUUGAGAAAGCAAACACGACUCAAUGCGUUAGGAAGACCAAUAGAAAUUCCAGUGGAAGAUGAAAUUAUGAUAACACUUACACAUUUGCGGCAAUAUUGUACGGACCAAUUUUUAAGUUGCAUUUUUCAAAUUGAAAAACGAGCAAUAACCACUAUAAGAAUUAGAGUUCUUGAUUGGUUGUAUAUCGAGCUAAAACGUUAUAUAUGUAUGCAAACCUUGCAAUUCAGAAUGGAUAAUAGUGAAGAAUAUUUUAAGCAUUUGAUUACCAUAAUAAUAGACGGAUCAGAACAGCCUGCAUUUUGUUGUGAUUCCGCAAUUUUGGAUUUUGAAUUCUAUUCUGCAAAAAAAAACCAACACAGCAUCACAAUCCUGAUGGCAAUGACUCCUUCUGGCCAUAUUGGAUAUCUUUCGCCUUGUUUUCCAGGAAGAGUUAAUGAUAAUGAAUUGUUCAACAAAACCUCUUCUCAUUGGUUGAGUGAAAUGGAUGCAUCAGAAUUCAUUUUUGGCGACAGUGGUUUUAAAGGGCUUCCUCGUGUAAUUACUCCUCCAGACGACCCAUCCUUGCGCAAAAUUUUCUCUAGUGUUCGUAUUAGAGUAGAAAAUAAGUUCAGGGAAAUCAAGAUAUUCAAAUCUUGCAAAGAACGAAUUAGAAUCAAAACCCAAAGCAAAACUGAAGUAUUACGCAUUGCUCAUAUGCGAUGGGUAGUUGUUGGUGCUUUUUGCAACUUAAAUUGGACGAGAUAUAGUAAUAAAGACUUUGAAAUGUCUUGCCCAUAA